AUGAAUGAUGUAAUAAAUGUAGAUGAUGAUGACGAUGAUCAGGUUGUCGUUCCAGCAACAACAACUACGACAACAACAAGCACAACUUCAACUUCAACAAACAGGACAGGAUCUUCAUCUACAAACACUUUGGAUAACAAAAGAGUUCCAAUUAGACGGCCUUUGAACAAUAAACGACAUCAAAGGUCAGACCUGUUGGCUUCAGUCCAUGAAAGGAGACUUCUCCAACAAGCAUCACAACCUUUAUUACAACAACAGCCAGUGCAGCCGCCUCAAAGGAUUCAACCACCUCAACAUCCACAACCGCAACCUCAACCUCAUCAUCCACCUAAACAACAACAACAUAAUGUACAUAAUCAACAAAUAAUAGACCAAGAACAGCCAAGGCGACUUGGAAACCCUGUUAGUGGCAACAAUAUUCCAAUUGAGCAAUCGAGCGACCUGAGGAAGCAACUCGAUCUCAUACGAAGAAAGAAGCACCAAGAGUACAGGAAUGACAAACUUAGCACAAAGAAGAUGUACACUCUCUCUGACUUGGGUGAGUUACAAAAGUCUGACAAUGAUGCAAAGAUGUACUUUGCCUCUCUGCCCUCGUCAUCAUCGUCCAACAACAAUAGAUCAAAAGUGCAUACAAUUGGAAAUACAUUCAUGGACCCAGAGGCCAUUGGAAGGAAGUCCCUUGAGUUAACCAAUGCAUUCAGGAAGACACACAACAAACCUCCAUUGCAAUGGCACCAAGCUCUCUACACCAUUGGUGUUGAACAUUCAAAGAACAUGGCAGAAAACAAGGUAGCAUUUGGACAUGAUGGAUUCGAUAAUAGAGUGUCUAGAUUCCCAUUUGCUCAUCAGAAGUCUGGUGAGAAUGUGGCCAUGAAUAAUAUGGAUGCAACAGUUGCCGAGACUGCAGUUGAAGGAUGGAUACACUCCAAAGGUCAUCGUGAGAACCUACUUGGACACUUUAACAUCUGUUCAAUAGGUGUAUACCAAUCCAACGAUGGUAAAUGGUAUCUCACUCAACUAUUCGCGCUGACC